AUGGGAAUGGAGGUCGUAGAGAAGAUCAACGCCUUUUUCUCAAUCAAUGUCGAUGUGGCAGAAUUUACGGCUACAACUGACAUGAGCCCUCUGUCCGAAUUAAGAACCCUGUCUAGUAGAAUUGGCUCUAGCAACGGAUCGCUAACACCCACCACAGCUACGCUUUCAAGUGAUAAGCAAGAUUUCCAACCGGCAUACCUCCUGACCUCGCAUCCACGCUUAAGUGGCCGAUCAUUAAGUGCUGCACUUGAGGCUUUUGACAUGAUACGCGAGGAGUUUGAGGCCUUUGCCAGAGAAAAAGGCUGUGACAAGUUCUGGCCACCAGUCUAUCCAGCUCAAACAGGCUUGAUUGUUGCGUAUAUAACGGAGGCAUUUACAAAGCUUGGGUGUGACAUUUCUUCAUUACAGGCGGGAGAGAAGAUCUCGAGUGUUCCCUAUUUGCCUAAAUACGAUAAGCAUGUCGUUCAGCUGAUUCGCGCUCUCCGUGAUGAUGUCCUUGUCAUACAGGUUGAUAACGAUUGGAUUCGAACCGGGAAGCCUGUAUCUGUUUGAAUUAUCCGCUGAUGAAAGAUUUAACCGAAUACUGGUUGAUUUCCC